CGUGGCGUGGUGGUGCAAACCUCAUUGUCCAGAAACACAAGUUGUCGGAUGGCUCUCAACCAUGGCUGCGGUGCUGCCGCAUCAAUAUGGAGAGGUCGAUGACAGCCACGCAAGCCAUCCCAGUGACGCACCCGCAUCUAGCUUUGAGACGGAAAACGAUUAGCGUCCCAGUGAUUACUGGUAGAGCCAUCCGUUUGAGGGCGCACUCGACUGUCGAGUAGCAGUGUAGCGGACUGAAAUAAGCAUGUCUGACCAUUUUCGCGUGUCGCGGACCCCACGGCCCGUUGAGGGCAAGUAGCGCCUGCACCACGGGUCGGUCCGCACCCGCCAUCGUAGGAGGUCGCAUCACAGCUGCCAGCGCGCACGCCGUGCAGCCAUCCACGCGUGCUAUAUAAGUCGGUCGGUCUCUCAGUCCUCGUAGUAUUGCUUCCACCACCGAAGCAGCCAUUUCCUUUCGCCCGCACUAGCCGCGUUGAGUCGCAGGGCCCCUGGGUCGCAACUGGAGCCUUCGCCGUAGAAGUUUCGCCGCAGCCAGGCGCGCGCAGUGCCGCCUGGCCUCGCUCCCCCGCGCGCAUCCUCCCGCCGCUCGUCCCCGCCGCCAUGGCAUCCACGGCCUUCCCCUCGAUCUCCUCCACCGUCGCCCCCCCGCCCUCCGCCCUCUGGUCCGCCAACUUUUCCGCGCCGUACCCGACGUGCGCGCCGUGGCAGAAUUUCGUGCUGGGGGAGGGCGGCGUGCCCGAGCUCGUCAGUCCGUACGUCGUGCAGAGCAAGGGCGGCCGCGUCGCGUGGGGGCUGCCGGCGCGCAGCGCGCAGGCGGCGUACAUCAUCCAGGCGUUCGUGACCAACGUCAUGCUCUCCACGCUGCAGGGCCUCCCCGCGCACCACGUCUCCGCCUUCGACGACCUCUCCGUCACCCUCUCCUUCCGCCAACCCUCCGCCUCCGCCUCCACUCCCCCCGUGCUCGUGGUCCCACUGGUCCGCGGGUCCCCCUUCCUCACCUUUAUAUUCCCCCAGGGUGGCCCCCCCGCGACGCCCGUGCUGACGACGAUCCACGCCAUCCUCAGCGUGCAGGCCAUCGGCGACACCAAGUACCGCGUCGCGCUCAACAACGGCCAGACGUGGCUGGUGUACCUGUCGUCGCCCCUGUCGCUGCGCCAAGACGGGGCGACGCUGGUGGCGGCGGCGCCCUUCACGGGGACCAUUCGCGUGGCGCUGCUGCCCGGCAACUCCCCGCAGCAGGAGGAGGCGCUGCUCGACGCGCGCGUGGCGACCGUGCCGGUGGGCGGGCGCGCGCGGGUGGGCGCGUUCCGCAUCAAUUACCGGUGGCGCACGCAGCAGUGGCGCAAGGUGCCUGCUGGCGGGUCCAAGGCGCCGCUGCUCAUGCUGUCGCUGCCCACGCACCGCCGCUUGAGAGUGCGCGCGGACAGCCCCUCCCCGGCCUCUUCCCUGCGCCGCCACCGCAGCGUCUCCUCGUCCUCGUCCCUGGGCAUGGGCAUGGGCGCCAUCCAAGUCGCUGCUGGCUCCCCCGCUCUGAGGGGCGAUGGCGGGAGGAGGGAGGCGGGCUGGGACUACGACAGCAGCGACAGCAGCGGUGGGGAGGUGGGCUCGAUCCUGGCUGCACAGGACGACGCCUCGUCAUCACCCGCCACCGACGCAGCGGGCACAUGGAACCAAGCACCCAUGGCGUCCACAUCGGCGUCAGCAUCAGCAGCAUCUGCGCCCGCCGACUCAGUGCUGGUGUACCCCACAAUCGACGGCCAUGCCGUGGGCAUGAGUGGAUCGGCGUGGGAGCUCAAGGUGCCCAAGACGCCCACGCAGUGGCACUCCAACGCCUUCACGUCCGACCAGCAGCUGCUGAGCGACCUGCGGGCGUCCCUCAAGCAGGACGUGGCGGCGCUGCCUCCCCUCACCAACCCCUCCACCUACUUCUUUGGCAAGGCAGCGGCGCGCGCCGCCCGCCUGGCGCUCAUAGCGGAGCAGGUGCACGACGACGGCAGCCUGGCCGUGGUGCUGCCGCCGCUGCGCUCCGCCCUCUCCGCCUGGCUGGACGGCACCUUCCCCGGUAACCGCCUGCUGUACGACCCCACGUGGGGGGGCGUGGUAAGCGAGGCGGGAUCGCGCGACAAGGGAGCGGACUUUGGGCUGGGCAUGUACAACGACCACCACUUCCACUACGGCUACUUCGUGUACGCCGCUGCCGCCGUCGCCAAGUUCGACCCCGUGUGGGGCAGUCGCUACCGCAGCAAGCUGUCGGCGCUGGUGGCGGACUACAUGUCAGUGAACCGCACCGCGGCAUUCCCCCGGCUGCGCAACUUCGACGCGUACGCGCUGCACUCGUGGGCCAGCGGGCUGUUUGACUUCGGCGACGGGCGCAACCAGGAGAGCUUCAGCGAGGCGGCCAACGCCUACUAUGCCGGCUCGCUGCUGGCCUACGUCUUUGGCGACCUGCCUCUGGCCACGCUGGGCGCCACGCUCGCAGCAGUGGAGGCGGUGGCGGCGCAGACCCUCAUGCAGGUGCCGGCCAGCUCGUCCUCCCCGCCGUCCUCCCUCUCCCCCGCCUACGAGCCUGUCUUUGCUGACACCAACCGCAUGGUGGGUGUGCUGUGGUCCACCAAGCGCGACGCAGCGCUGUGGUUUGCCCCCCCGGCAGACCUGGACAAGCGCGUGGGCAUCCAGGUGCUGCCCAUCACGCCCUUCCUCGCACACCUCUUCCCCGACCGCUCCUUCGCACGGCAGCUUGUGGAGUGGGCGCAACCCGUGCUCAGCGGUGGUGCCGUCACUGACGAGUGGCGUGGCUUCUCUUGGGCCCUGCAGGCCCUCUAUGACCCUGAGGGUGCUAGGGCUAAGAUUGCUGCUCUGGGUGCAUUUGACGAUGGCAAUUCCAAGACGAACAUGCUCUGGUGGUUAGCUACUAAUACACCAUAGAUGUACAAGAUGGCUUCUAGAUUGUUGCUUGCACAUAUACAGAUAGGAGCAUAGCUUAUACACAGCUUAUCCACA